UGCGUGUGCGUCUGGGUGAGAAGUGAAGCGCGCGACAAUAACACAGAGAAGUUGUGCGCGUGUGUUUAUGGAUCGUAACCGGGACUUCAAUCAUCAUUAUUUUUGUCUUUCGGGAGUUUUAACGGCGGAAAAAUCCAGGAGUCCAGAAGCAGCAAACGCGUGCUGUCAUUAACCGCAACUUUCCACACGCACACGUGGUUCCUGCGCGCGAGGCUUCUCAAGCCAUUUAUACACUACUGAUUAGAGGAGGAUCCCAUCCUCAGGGCUUACAGAUGGAUUUCUACGUAGAAUAACAGCGUUGGCUGUGUUGACUAGCGACAAGAUCAAACCCAAACAGCCACCGAGUGACCGUUUGGUUGCGUGACCAACCGGAGCAUGUCGAGCGGAGACAGCUACCAGGAUGGAGAAGAGAACGGUUCUGCGCGAGGACCUCCAGUGGAGCAGGUCGACCAGGUGGCGGAACCGACAGGCAGCGGUGGUCGAUCCUGCUCCGGAAUGGCGUCGGGUUCUGGAGAGGACGAGGAGGUGGACGAGCGGCAAGAAAGACGGCGUGCGGAUGAGGAGAAUGUUGGAGAACCUUCCGGAGCAGACGAAGGUCACGUUAGCAUUCAGGGAGCACGACGGCAUGAGUCUUUAGCUGAUGGGAGUCUGGGGAGCACCACGGGAUCAGGAAGCAGCAAGAGCUCAGAGUCUGUGACCGGCUCUUCCUCCUGCAGCCUCCACAGCACAGCCUGUGGUCAGAGCAGACACCACACAGACUGCAGUGUCAGUGAACAAGCAGAGCAGGGACAAGGCCACACCCACCAGGAGAUGAUGCAGACUGUGCAGGAGAUGAAGAAGAGGCUACCGUCAGAGAAAAGGAGUCGCAGCAAACCCAGAACUGUGGAGGCGCUGAACUACGCGCUUAACUGUGUUAAACAAGUGCAAGCAAACAGCGAGUACUACAAGUUACUGAUGUGCAACGGACUGGAAAAGAGAAAGGACGCUAAGGCGUGCAGCCUGGAGCGGCUGGAGAUCAGCACGUCCGGACACACUCUGAAAAACACAGACACGUUUGUGGUGGUGUUCUCGCUGGCGACGGGUCGGGUGGUGUACGCGUCGGAGCAGGCCUCCAUCAUCCUCAACUGCAAGCGCAAGUUCCUCGACUCGGCCAAGUUCGUAGAGCUGCUGUUUCACCAAGACGUGAACGUGUUUUACUCUCACACCGCACAGCCUCACCUGCCCCCCUGGAACGUGGGGACAGACAGCGUCCCCUUUGAGUGUGCCCAAGUCAAAUCCUUCUUCUGCAGAAUCAGAGGAGGGAAGGACCGCGAUGGUGAGAUGCGCUACAACCCGUUCCGUAUCACACCGUACCUACUGAAAGUUCAGGGCGUGGCCGGAGAACAGGAACACUCCUGCUGCUUGGCUCUGGCUGAACGCAUAACCUCAGGAUAUGAGGCUCCCCGGAUUCCCACAGACAAGCGCAUCUUCACUACGACACACUCUCCAGGGUGUGUGUUCUUAGAAGUAGAUGACCGUGCUGUGCCUUUGCUUGGCUACCUCCCUCAGGACCUGAUUGGCACGUCAGUGUUGACCCGCCUCCACCCCGAGGACCGCACCCUCAUGCUGGCGGUGCAUCGAAAAAUUCUGAAAUUCGCAGGUCAGCCCCCGUUUGAACAUUCACCGAUUCGCUUCCGCUGUCAGAACGGAGACUACGUGACGUUGGACACCAGCUGGUCCAGCUUCGUCAACCCCUGGAGCCGCAAGGUGGCCUUUAUCAUCGGCCGACACAAAGUCCGCACAGGGCCUCUGAACGAGGAUGUGUUUGCUGCAAAGAGUAAAGCAGACCUUCACAUCAUGACUGAAAAUGUCAAAGAAUUGCAGGCCAUGAUCUACAAGCUCUUCCUACAGCCCGUCCACACUAACGGCUCGAGCGGUUACGGCAGCCUGGGCAGCAACGGUUCCCAUGAGCACUACAUCAGCGUGGCUUCAUCCAGUGACAGCAAUGGGAACCUGUGGGAAGAUUCACACCGAGAGGCGGUUUCCCUCCAGCAGAUAUGUACUAAUGUUAAUAAAGUGAAGCGCGGGGGUCAGCGGCCGUAUCUGGAAUCUCGGAGAAAAGUCCCGACGGCAGGGAAAGGUAGCACAGCUCCCCUCCUUCAUGAUGGUCAGCGUUUAAAGUUUCAGAAUCUCCGAAGCUCCCUUGAGGACUCGCACAGGAAGCAGCCGCGCAUUCCAUCUUACCAGCAGAUUAACUGUGUGGACAGCAUCUUUAGGUACUUGGAGAGCUGUAGUGGCCCGGCCAUGAAGCGGAAAAGCGAAUCCUUAUCCAUCGCUACCUCGUCUUCUUCUACCACUUCGGAGGAAGACAAGACCGCUGCGGCUCCGCCGGAGGACAGAACUAAUGCCAAGGAGGCAGCCAUGGAAGCGAGUGCUGGUCAGGAGAGCCAGGUUUCAGCCGGAUCCGCGGUGACCAUCGCACACACGACAGCAGCUGUUGUCGGAGCUCCGCUGACUGACAUCACUAUGUCUACUAAAGCUAUGAGUGUGGUGUCGUUGACCAGCCAGUGCAGCUACAGCAGCACCAUCGUGCACGUUCCCCAGCCUGAAUCUGAGGACGCACCGAUGGGAAGCGAACUGGCUGACCCGGCUCCGGCACCGUCGCGCCCGGCCGCCGGCUCCUCCACCACGACUCCUGAGGAGUUUCACCUCGUGGGCCUGACAAAGGAGGUGCUGUCUGCACACACACAGAAAGAGGAGCAGGAGUACGUGGACCGCUUCAGGCAUCGCAUCCUGGAGAGCCCAUAUAGCUCAUACCUCCAACAGGACAACAGCAGCAUGGCGCACUCCAACCACAGAGGUGAUUGCGCCAUAAGGCCCCUGAGCACAAGAGAUUGGAACAGAUCCCAUUCAGGCAAACCCAGACACAAGCGUGCAAAGCCUCAAGCCUCGUCCGACAGCGACGGCUCACGGCCUGGACACUUCCUGCCGAUAACUACGUCUGCACCUAAUAACUCCUCAUCCGAAUCUUCCAACCCCAAACCCAACGUUUUUUCACCAAUGCUGAUGCCUGUUCAGCCACCUUAUUACCCCGUCCCACCUCAACCUAUUGCCAUGCAGCCACCUGGCGUUUCUGUGGUGGUACAACCUGAACACACGCAGCCGUUAAUGCAAGUCAUGAAUCCUUUCAUGUCCCCCGUCAUGGCCGUCAUCAUGCCCUAUCCUGCCAGUUACACCAUCUAUCCCCAGGCAGUACCAGGCAUGGCAGGUGUACCAGGUGUGAAUCCAUGUGGAUUAGUGCCUCCACCGGCUCCUCAGCCUUCCUUUAUGUCUCUGAUGGAGAAUCCACCCGCUCACAAUGGCCCAAGCUUAAUGCCUUCGUCCUCUGGAGCGUUCCUGUCUUCACCGAUCUCGUCCGCGUGGCAGGAAGACGACAUGGAUGGCGCUCAGCCCACAGCACUGUUUUCCAGUUCCAGGUCCAGCAGUCCGCUACAGCUCAACCUGCUGCAGGAGGAACUGCCCAAGCCGAACGCCUCGCAGGACGACACGGGCCGAGCCGAAAGCCUGCGCGAGCAGCAUAACAAGGAGGACGCUCCCAGCGAUUCAGGGAAUCAGGAUGCUCGGUCCACCUCUAGCGUGCUGCUGGACCUGCUGCUGCACGAGGACGCUCGCUCCGGAACCGGCUCCAAUGCCUCGGGUAGCGGAUCUGGAGAGUCCGGGGCUUCUCUGGUUUCGGGUUCGGGUCUGGGCUCCAACGGUACCUCCACAAGCCAUACAGGCAGCAGCAGCAACAGCAGCAAGUACUUUGCCAGCAAUGACUCUUCAGACACGUCCCGUAAGACCAGGAAGAACCAGGACGCGCCGGAGCGUUCCAGCUUCGACAAGCGUGUAGAGGACUCCCUGUGGACCAUGAUCCAGUGCACGCCAGAGCCGGUCAUGAUGACCUAUCAGAUCUAUCCCAGGGACCAGGCACAGGUUCUGAAGGAGGACCGUGAGAAGCUGCUCCUCCUGCAGCCCAUGCAGCCGUGGUUCACUCAGGAGCAGAAGGAGGAGCUGGCUGAGGUUCAUUCCUGGAUCCAGUAUCGCAGUGUACCAGAGGAGAUAAACACACAUGGAUGUCUGAGCUGUAACCCCACUACUAUGGAAGCGAGUGUCACGGCGACACACAGUCCCAGUCUGCCGACACCAGACAGCUCGUCCGCUCAGGACUGUCCCACAGAGGACAUCAACCACGUCUCUGACACCUGAAGCGGCUUCUCUUAGCACUUCCAGUCGAAAAACUUUUCACUGAGCUGGACCAUCAUUACACAUCACCCGGUCACCGUAAGGGGAGGGGCAGGAUAGAGGCGGAGCUUGUGCCAUGAGAGACUGACCUUUGUUGGUGUUGAACAUUGGAACCACUCAACUGUGAAUGUUGUGUAAUUUAUAUCAGUAUUGAUUUCUUCUAUUCUUACGGUUUGGGUUUCACUGUGUUUAUAUGAAGACUCCGAGCGGUCGGUGUUUGAUCGGUGUGUUUAUCCUGAGGAACAUAAAUGAGCACCUUGUCAACUAAAAUCUAAUUGCACUGUAUAUCGAUGCUCUAAGCUGUGAUUUAUAUUUUUAUUCUUUUGUCUGUUGUCUUUAUUCCGAUCGGCGGUAUGUAAAUGAUGUCCUGAGUGUUUGCCCUUAAAAUGCACCAGACGUUCUUACACA